AUGUCCAGAAUGCAAUUUAAGCCCAAUUCAAACCAGACAGUCUCCACCCCACGCCCUUGCAGCCCUCUCUAUAAAGGGGUCCAUGUCAUCGCGGCCCAGUCGCACGAACCAACCAAGCAAGCGAAAGACGCCAUUCAAAACUUUUUUACUUCUUCACGCCAAAUGACUCUCUCUCGUCACCCCUACCCAAUCGUCCUAGUAAACAAAAAAACAAAGACAUAA